UUGGUACUUGAAAUUCAGACAUCAAGCUCAAGCUAUAAAUACUCCAACAACUUAAAAAGUCGACAAGGGUAUUCAUCCGAGAAAACCAAUAGAAAUCCUCAAUUCAAAACCCCAUUUUUGCGAUUCUGCAAUUGAAACGCCAUGAGUUUUCUUGCGGGAAGGCUAGCGGGAAAAGAAGCAGCCUUCUUUUUCCAAGAAUCCAAACACGCCGUUAACCGUUUGGCCGAGAAAACCCCCAAAAACCUCCCGUCAAACCCACCAUCGGUCGAGCAAGAAGCUCAAGCUGACGUCCUUCCAGAGGUCCUAAAACAUUCUUUACCUUCCAAGAUCUUCCGGCAACCGUUUGGUCCUUCAUCUCUCUCAAGGUCCUCCAAGUGGGCCCUCCAUUCUGAUCCAAACAAUGCUUCCAUUUCUUCCCCUGAUGCCUUGAACCCUCUCAGGGCUUACCUUUCUCUACCCCAGGUUUCCUUUGGCCCCAAAAGGUGGCAGUUGCCAAGCACGGAGCAUUCGGUUAUGGCAUCGACGGCUAAUGAAUUGCGGAAGGACAAAUAUACCCCUCUCAAUCCGGAGAAGUUGAAGGCUGCUGCUGAAGGGCUUCAGCAAAUUGGAAAAGCCUUUGUGGCUGCAACUGCAAUUGUAUUUGGCGGAGCCGCCUUGAUGUUUGGGAUGGCAGCGUCCAAAUUGGAGUUGCACAAUAGUGAUGAUGUCAGAACAAAAGGAAAAGACCUGGUUCAGCCUAAAUUUGAAAUGAUUAGAGAACAACUUUUUCCCCUAAGAACUUGGGCUGAAAACAUGUCAAAGAAAUGGCACCUGGAAAGGGAGGAAGCUAUUAAAGAAAAACCUAUCAUAAAGGAGCUUUCUAAAAUUUUAGGGGUAAAAUCAUCUAAUUGACUUGUAAGUGUAUGUAAAUUUGCCAUCAAUAAGUAUCGAUCUGCAUCUGAAUAAAAUCGAAAGUCUAGAAAAGUUUUCCUUGUAAGUUUCCCUCUCUUAAUGUAUGCAAAUAAGCAUUCAAA